AUACGCAAUUAAGAAAAGGUGUGAAUGUUACAGUGAUACAUGUAGACGAUGAAAAUGGAUGUGUAAGCAUCAAGAGAUCAAGACCUAAACUUCUUUUCUUCCUCACCUUUUGCUCUCUUCUCUCUUGUUGCUUGCUUCUCGUCUCUUCUCCUUCCUCCAACUUCCCUCUUCUCUAUGCAUAUGAGGGUGAAGAUGAAACUCUUUCUGAUUCAAAAGCUCCCCUUUGUUCAUCUGUCUCAAAUGGAACAAUUUGCUGUGAUAGAAGCAGCAUUCGAUCGGAUGUAUGUAUCAUGAAAGGAGAUAUAAGAACAAGUUCUCCUUCCUUCUCGGUCUUUCUGUACACUUCCGAUCACAUCUCCGGUGAUCUUGUCGCCGGAGAAGAACUCCAGCACCAAAAGAUUAAACCCUACACUCGAAAAUGGGAGCCAUCCACCAUGGCCACCAUUGAUGAACUCACUCUCAUAUCCAAGAAACUCAAUUCCACAACAGACAACCGCCAUCGAUGUGAUGUAUAUCACCAUGUUCCGGCGGUUUUCUUCUCCACCGGUGGCUUCACCGGCAACGUUUAUCAUGAAUUCAACGAUGGUUUGAUACCUCUUUACAUCACAUCUCAGAAAUUCAACAAGAAGGUUGUGUUUGUGAUUCUUGAAUAUCAUGAUUGGUGGGUUAUGAAAUAUGGCGAUGUGAUUUCUCAACUUUCCGAUUAUGAAGUGAUCGAUUUCAAUGGAGAUAACCGAACCCAUUGCUUCUCGGAAGCCAUAGUCGGUUUACGAAUCCACGAUGAACUUGCCAUCAAUUCUUCAUCGAUGCCUGAUAACAAAAUGAUUGAAGAUUUCCACAAUGUUCUUGACGCAGCGUAUUCGCCACGAAUUAACGAUCUAGUUCAAGAAGAACCGCUAGAAAUCCACGAACCCGAAAAGCCAAAGCUCGUGAUCAUCUCACGGAACGGGUCUCGGGCCAUUAUGAACCAAGAUUUACUUGCGAAAAUGGCAGAAAAGAUCGGGUUCACCGUGGAAAUUCUCCGGCCCGAUAAAACAACCGAGUUGGCGAAGAUAUACCGAUCGCUCAACUCGAGUGACGUCAUGAUCGGCGUCCAUGGUGCGGCAAUGACUCACUUCCUGUUCAUGAAGCAGGGAUCCGUGUUCAUCCAAGUUGUACCUCUUGGUACAAACUGGGCCGCAGAGACGUAUUACGGUGGGCCUGCGAAGAAACUCGGUUUACGGUACAUCGGGUACGAAAUCCUACCACAAGAGAGCUCGCUGUACAACGAAUACGAGAGCAAUGACGUUGUCUUAACGAACCCGGAUAGCGUAAACGAUCGAGGAUGGGAAUUCACGAAAAAGAUUUACCUCGACCGUCAAAAAGUGAGAUUAAAUCUUGCGAGAUUUAGGAAGCAUUUGGUUCGAUCGCAUUUCUAUAUCAUGGCAAAGAGAAACCAGGUCCAAGUUCAAGCCCGACAUCGGGCCUGAACCGAAAAGGUUCAAGUGUUGUUUGAACCCUUUCGAGAACAUUAAAAAUUUAAGAGGUGAUGAUAUAGGGGAGAUUAUAAGAUGCAGUUUAGAAAGUUGUAGAAAUUUAGGGUAUAUUUAUGAUAAUUCUUUAAUUUGUAAUUUUUUUAUACUGAAAAAUAUACUUUUGACUAUUGUGUGGA